AUGUCGUCGAACUCAUAUGACAGGGAUCAUAGGUACUGCUAUUGUGGUGAAAGGUCAGUCAUUCGAACCUCUUGGACAUCUAAAAUCCCGGCCGCCGAUUUCGUUCUUGCAUUGAGUACGAUAAGGUUCACAGAAAUUAUUCGUGGAUUGUUGCAAAAAUCAAAUGUUUUGCGUGCUGAGAAUGAAGAAUUGCGAGAGGAAAACAUUAGAUUGGUUGAAUGUAAGAAGAAGCUGGAGUUAGAGAUCUCGGAUUGGCAAAGGGAGUUGAAGUCCGCGGAAAUGAUUCCUGGAUUGUUGCGAAAAUCAAAUGAGUUGCGUGCUUAG